UUGGCCGCUUAAAAAAAAAACGAGGAGGAGGCGCCUCUUGCGCUGAAGCAGAACCGCUUUAGAUGGAUUCUUCAUGUUUGCUUCAGCCUCAGUGGAGACAGCCUGCCCUGAACACUUGCGAGCCGUGACAAUAGGGCGUGAAACAUGGCACGUCGCGGCGUGUGGAUAGCCAGAGACGCGCGCUGCGCCCAGCGUGGAAGGAGCGGCUCUCCUGUCCCGUCCGGCACGCACUUGGAGAGGAUUGCGCACGGCGCAGCUGGUGGGACCAGAUGGAGGGUUCGGAGGAAGGAUAGACAGGAGAUUAUCUCUGUAAUGUCAGCAAAGGCCAAGGUGAUGCUCUGGGGGCUGCUCGCUCUGCUGCCUCUGGUGGAAGGAGCUCACAUGAAAGCUGGUCUGGCUGGCGUGGGAUCAGACUCGGCUCGGGCUGUGGGCUUGCUUGCAGGCCAGGAGGAGAGAGGACUUCCUGUGACGCUGCCAGAGGUGGCGAAGGACGAAGAGCAGGAGGAGAACGGCGAACCUUACUCUACUUGGCACACUCUAUAUGACCCCUUUGUAAUAGACGAGGUGGAUGACCAUCCCACUAGUCGCUGGGCGGGGCGCUCUCCCCGCUCUUCUGACCCCUCCGAUCCUCAACCCAAAGGACCACCAAAGAAAAAGAAAAAGAGGAAGAAGAAAGAAAAGGAGGAAGAGGAAGAGACCGGAAUAGAUAGAACGGGUAAAGGAAAGAGCAGACAGCUAACGAAAAGCAGCAGGGACUGCCGUGUGGAGAAGAAAGAGAUGAAGGUCCGGGACCUGGGCCUGGGGUUCGACUCGGACGAGAUUGUCCUCUUCAAGUUUUGCGUUGGCUCCUGCCAAUCCUCCAGAACGAACUACGACCUGGCACUGAAGGCGCUGCUGAAGAACGGCUCGCUGCCCCGACGCACCGCCCGCAAGGUCAGCAGCCACCCCUGCUGCCGGCCCGAGCGGUACGAGCCGGUUUCCUUCAUGGACGCCCAGACCACGUGGAGGACUAUCCAGUUGUUAUCAGCGGCCAGCUGCAUGUGUAUGGGCUGAAGACAAGAACGAGGGAGAAGGUGACUGGGAGGCGGUUUCACCCGUCCUGAGCGAAGAGGAGUGGAGAGGCUCAGGGUGAGGAAGGCCUGGGUACAAGAGCCGGAGGGCGCUGCUGUCACACACACACACACACACACACACACAGAGCAAGGAAGCGACAGAGGCUGCGUGUUUGCCUCCCGUGGUGAAGCUCCUGUUGAGGAGAACGGCGUAUGGGUGCAGCCGGACAUUUGAGGUCAAAGGUCAAAAUCAGAGAGUGAGGGGGCAGUCGUCCGGGAAUCACAGCCCGGAUUUAUUGUGACGUCUUCCAAGAGUUAAUUGUUUUCAGCUGAAAGCAGGACAAUCCAGACGGGUUAACGUGACUGUUCUGCUCUAAAUGGACAGCCUGAGCCUGGAAGAAGGAUAAAGGAUGACGCAAAUAAAUGGACUAUUACUGCCUCUAUAUUUUGACAAGAAAAAGACUGUUAAGAUGUUCACCAUUACUCACAGUGGCAUCACCUCCUAGCAAUAUCAUUUUUGACACAUAAAAACCGGGACAGUACAUUAUAUCGUUUCUAGGUGAACUCAGCCAAAUUGAUGCCAUGCAUCUUCAUGUAUUACUGUACAAAAGUAACAUAUAUUUAUUUCUGAUAAAUUAUUUAUUUAUUAUAACUUCAUAUGAGAUCUGUUUUAUAGACUCUAUAUUGUAGAUAAAUAUAUAUUUAUUGCAGAGAUUUUCAUUUGAUGUUGCUUCUGCUUGCAUGCAGUAUGUACGUGUUUUUUUAAAGGUGCAUUUCCACAUUCACCCAACACCUCAUAAACCUGGGCCGAAGCAAUGAUUCUGGGCAGAAUUGGUUAGGAUGCAAUACGCUUUUCUGAAAUGAAUUUAUUAUAUGAACUUUAACAAAUCUGCAAUUCUCUCUCAGAUGCAAUCCAAGACACUUUAAAGAAGAAAGAAAAAACCCUCAUAAUACACAUUGACUGACAUUGAAAUCAUAUGCCCGUACCUGUUGUUAAAGAGCGCCUACUUGUGUCUGACCUCAGGUUAAUGAAAUUACGUUCUCCAAACACAGUCAAUCUCUGCUGACAAGAACAAAAUUCAUACUGCAAGACCUCAACAUUUCUCAUCUUAAAGUGGUGAUUUCCAUUCAGUUAAACACUCCCUCUAUGUCACAUUAUGAUUAUUAUAUAAAGUUGUCUUUAUUUUUGUAUGACAUUAUCCUCCAAGAGAAUAAAGUUUUUUAAUAUACA